AUGGACACCAACUGCCAUGCCGAUCUCCGCAACUAUCAAGACAGCUUCCUCGACCCUUUGGAGGACGGCUGUGGCGAGAGAAAUCAAGAUCUGCCGGCUUCGAAGCUCGACGCUGCCAAACUCCUAGCAAAGGGUUUCAUAUCUGAACUCCCCACCACGACAACCAUCAUUAGCACCUCACCUAGCAAGGUCACCUCAAAGACUUUGACUGUGGAGUUGAGGCCAUCAUCUUCCGUUCAGGAAGGGGACAUCCCCGACCCAACGACAACCUCAACAGUAGACCGGAACAAUCAACCGGACAGCACAUCAACAAGCAAUACUAUCGCCGCCUCCUCAGCGCAAACAUCCAUACCAUCACCCGAUCCCAGUCCAGAACCAAUCCCGCCCCCUCUUACCGAUACUAGCCCCUUUACCAAUAACAACUUCGUGUCGAGUGGAUCACAGGCUCGCCCACCCUUCAGAAUGCUAGAACUCUCCCUGGCCGCGGCCGCCGUGUGGAUAGGAUAG